AUGGCGAGGGACGGAUUUGGAUGGGACACCGUUUCUCGAAGACGACAGACCGACAAAUCGGCAUAUUCUACCACCAGAGGUCGAUUAGCACCACCACCACGGCCCUACUCGGACUCGGUAGCGGAGUCCGAAGAAUCAUAUAAUUCGAUUCCUCUUUUGGAAAGAGGGUUGUCCGACGAGUCAAUGAAGCGGCCUCCUACAAUCAGGACCGCUGAACGCGAUGCCCACGGCGCUCCUUUGAGUCUCAUAUCGAGCAGAGAUACCUCCGAACUUGCGUCUUCACACCCCUCGAUUCAGAUUAUUCAGAAGACAGAAAGUCUGCGGCGGAUUCCUCGCGGCUCGACAAACCCCGAAUCGGCUUAUCUCAGUGCCGGACAGGUGACACCGAGGCGCCUUUCGGCCCUGUCCUCUGAGCUAUCUGUCGAAAUGAUUGAUCCGCGUGAAGCCAUGCAGGGUCGUACCUCAAUCGAUACUCGUAGCCUCACAGCGUCAACUUUCGAUAUUCCGCCUCAUCCUUUGGCGCACCCACCCUCGCCUCCGAUGACCAUCCAACACCCUGGCUCCUUCGGCUCCUGUACCUCGCCGAUGGACAAGGUACUUUUCCAGGCUCAACCUCUCACACCGGACACCUCCCCUCGACGCCGGGAAGGUGAUACACCUACCCAGAUAUCCAGACACGUACCUCAAUUUUCGAGUGAUGUCCUCUCGAAUUCCGAGAAGAACCGUCCUGCUCUCAACCCGCUCAACUCUGGCCCUAGCCAUGUCCCCUUUGUGCUUGCCUGCGAGUCCCAAGUCUUGGCCCAGCAACUCACUCUAGUCGAGAUGGCGGCCCUAAGCGAGGUUGAUUGGCGUGAUUUGGUCGAUAUGAGAUGGGGCAGUGGCUCGCCCUGCAUCCUCGGCUGGGUACAGUUCCUCGCCGCAGAAGAACGCAAGGGCAUUGAUCUAGUUGUCGGUCGCUUUAAUCUUAUGGUGAAAUGGGUUGUAUCUGAAAUCAUUCUGACCGUUGAUAUCCAUGAGCGGGCACGAACGAUCAUCAAGUAUAUUCACACCGCCGCUCAUGCCCGCCGCAUCUGCAACUAUGCCACUAUGCUUCAGAUCGCCAUCGCUUUGGCUUCAUCCGACUGUUCUCGGCUAUCAAAGACCUGGGAACUGGUUCCCCAGGAAGACAAACGUCUGUUCAAGGAUAUGGAGUGUCUGAUUCAGCCUGUUCGCAAUUUCCACGAUCUUCGGGUCGAGAUGGAGACAGCCAAUCUCCAGGAAGGCUGCAUUCCAUUUAUCGGCUUGUAUGUACAUGACCUUACCUAUAAUGCGCAAAAGCCUGCUCAAGUCAACAGCAGUUCGGGUGGCUUGUUGGUUAACUUUGAACGUUACCGCACUGCUGCCCGUAUCGUCAAGAGCUUGCUUCGCUUGAUCGAUGCCAGCACCAAGUACCGCUUUGAGCCCGUGCAAGGCAUCAUUGAGCGGUGCUUAUGGAUCGCGUCCUUGUCCGAAGAUGACGUUCAAGCCCGCAGCAAGCGCCUUGAGUGA